AUUUUUCGGAAAUGUGACAUUUAUUUCCAUACCUAUACACCUGGGCAUUCAUCAAUCUCUUUACUAUUUACUAAUAAUUAUACCCACCAACAUGGAUCCUCUUGCCUCAAUCAACCCAUAUGUGUCUCUUAAGGGAAAUACACAGUUGGGAGAUGUUUAUCAAAAACUUCCUCCGGGAAGUACUCGUUUUCUGAGGUAUAAGGGGGUUCAGCAAUCACCGAACUCUCCGGAACAAUUGCUUGUUUUUGAAUUUGAAACUCAUGAGAUAUCAAGCGUCAAGUCGCAAUAUUCAGCUUUAUCUUAUACAUGGGGCCACCCCAUAAUCAACGACUUUAAAGAUGAUAUGUCACACGCAGUCAUUUGCGAUGGCCGUCGCAUGCCAAUCGGCCUCAACCUCAACGAUGCGCUUCAACAUAUUUACGUGGAAUCCGACAUAUCUCCGACGUUGUUAUGGGUAGAUGCCAUCUGCAUCAACCAAAGUGAUCUUGCCGAGAGAGCUUCACAAGUCACCCUUAUGACAAGCAUAUACAGUAACACCUCUAACGUAGUUGUUUGGCUGGGGAAAGACGACGAUGACGCCCGCGAAGCUCAUGCUAUGCUAUCAGAGUAUACACCUGCUCUUCAAGCAAUUAUGGAGGAUAUUGUGUUGGAUAACCCUAAUAUUCCUGUUAUAGCUGGAAUGUUCAAUGUCUACGACGACAAGGAUGUUCACGAGAGAUAUAACAUCACGCAGAAACCCAUGGAUUCCUGGAAGGCGCUCGUGAGGUUUCUUUCCCGGAGAUGGUUCAGUCGUAUAUGGAUCGUGCAGGAAAUGGUUUUUAACCCCUCCCAUCUGAUCUGUUCCGGCCCUCUCCGCUUCGACUGGGCCGAUUUAGACUGCUUCGUCAGUCUCGUCUUCGGCGCGCAGUGGCACGGGCUUAAUUUUCACGGAUUAGAAAAGGAGACAUCGCAGAUCGCUCGGAUCUUCACAUUCCAUCGCGAAAUUCGCAUAUCAGGAAGCGAUUUUGCAAAUCAAGACCCGCGUGCCGCUCUUUUGAGCACUGAGGAAAAAGUCUAUGAUUACGCGCAGAGCUAUCUCCUCUCGUCGGCUUUUCUAGAAGCUACAGAUCCCCGCGACAGAGUGUACGCGCUGUCCGCGUUUGUAUUUUCCUACGGAGCCAAAUUGAAUGUCAAGCCUCUCUGGCUCAAGGCAGACUACACUCUUCAGACAACGGAGGCUAUGCUUCGCACAGCACAAGUCCUGUUAUGGAAGACUCGGUCUCUUGACAUGCUUUCGCAUGUCCCUGAUUUAAGCGACCGACAACAGUCCGAUCUCCCAUCUUGGAUGCCUCAUUUCCACGUGCCGGGAGCUGUCGCAUCCGUUGAGACUUUGCUGGAAAUGCAUCAGGGCCAGAAAUACCACGCGGGUCGUCUAUCAUCUACAAGUCUCGCCCAUUCAGAUAUUUAUCUACAUUUAGAUUCUCCAGGAAACGAAUUAUCAACCCAAGGAUACCUCCUUGAUACAGUAGAAGAAGUUAUCCAUUUCGACUCCGGCUUUCUGUCAACCUUAGAAGUAUGCACCAAGCUACCUGUGAGAUACGCGAAUGGACAGUCCCCAGUUGAGGUUCUCUGGCGCACUCUAAUAGGAGGAAGAACGGACACAGAGUUCCCCGCGCCGGAGGAGACGGCCGUGGAUUUCGCUAAGUUCGCCAAAGCCGGUCUUAUAGGUAUCGCUUUACAAGCACUUGGAGUCACUGAUAGAGACACACUUAUGAGGCUAAUUUCUAUACUUAACGAUAUCGGGACUCAAUGCCCCCACCCUUCCAUACCAACGGUGGAUGAGUUUACCGAAAUAUUAGGAAAUGUGAUGGGAGACAUGGACGGCACGGUUAGAAUGUUGACGGAAUUACAUACUAGCUCUUCCUAUCGGACCAUGAUCUCGCCGACGCAUUGGGGGCGCAAGGGCAAGGCUGUUAUUCGUACUAGUAAAGGGUAUCUUGGAUUGUCGCCUCAUUCGACAGAGGCGGGGGAUGAAGUGUGGCUCUUCAAGGGGGCAAAUUUAUUCCAUGUGCUAAGGAAGGCGGAUGAUGGUCCUAGGAAUAAGGUUUUACUUGGAGAGGGUUAUGUGCAUGGGUUUAUGGAGGGCGAGGCGUUGGGAUUAGAUGGAAUGAGUUAUUCCCCCGUUACCAUUAAGUAAUGAUACCUAGUGUAGGAAGUAUUUUUAAUGAUGUCGCAUAGACAGCUUUAACCAUAAAGUUUUACUUUCGGU